GUGACGCCGCUGCUUGCGUGCUUGAGGCGGAAGUGUUUCGGUGUUUACAGGCGGCAGAGCCUGGGGCAGGGGUGCCGGGACGGAGUCGCAGAGCCCAUGUGCCCGCAGCCCCCGCCGCCCAUGGAGGUGAUGGAGGGGCCCCUCAACCUGGCUCAUCAGCAGAGUAGAAAAGCAGACCGGUUGUUGGCAGCAGGGAAAUACGAAGAAGCAAUUUCUUGUCACAAAAAAGCAGCUGCAUACCUUGCUGAAGCCAUGAAGCUGACACAAUCCGAGCAGGCUCAAUUAUCGCUGGAAUUACAAAGGGAUAGUCAUAUGAAACAAUUAUUGCUUAUCCAGGAGAGGUGGAAAAGGGCAAAGAGAGAGGAGAGGCUAAAAGCCCAACAGAAUGCAGACAAGGAUAUAGCUGCACAUCUUCAGACCUCUUAUAAACCAUCAACUGAAGAAUCUGAAGACCACAACAUAUUGGUUCCUGUUACUCAGAAAUACAGUCCUUCUGCAAAUAAGCAUCUACAGGAAACUCAGGAUGUCUUUGACAGGGAGCCAGAUACACUAUUAUUUCUGCUUCAGAAAAGAGAGGAGCAAUUGGAAGUGUGUAUUGGGAACAAAGCCCCAAAAGAUGACAAAAUAAUAAUAGAGGAGCAGGCAACCAAAAUUGCAGAUUUGAAACGGCAUGUGGAAUUUCUUGUAGCUGAAAAUGAGAGAUUAAGGAGAGAGAAUAAACAGCUAAAAGCAGAAUGGAUUAGACUCCAAAAAGCUCCAGUAGAGAAGGAGUUGGAUGUAGAUGCUGAUUUUGUGGAGAAGUCAGAGUUAUGGGGCCUACAACAACAUUCAGAAACUGCUACUACUUCAGCCUCAACUUGGCAGAAGUUUGCAGCAAAUGCAGGGAAGGCUAAGGACAUUCUAAUACCCAAUCUUCCUCCCUUGGACAUUCCAUCACCUGAACUCCCUCUACUGGAGCUCUCUGAAGAUAUACUGAAAGGACUUAUGAACAGCUAAAUGAAGACCAUGAGAAGUGCUCAUGAAAUGUUGUUAAGCAAAUGAGAAAAGGGAAAACCACCAGGACAAUGAUGAUCCAAGGGCAGCCAACAUCUAACACAAUCCUACUGUGCGAGAAAAGGCAUUACAGCAACUGUCACUGUGAAAUACACUUAAUCAUAGAGCUUACGGGUACCAUAAAUUGGUAAAUGCAGGCUCUUGCGUCUUUCUCCUGAUGUUUCAAACCAAAUGACUGCUUGGAAAACAUUUCAAACACAAUCCUUCAGGGUUUUGAAGUAAUGCUAUGUGUAAUAGGUAUCUAUAAUGCCAUAAAUGAUGCAGAACUUAACUUAUGGUUGCCAGAUGGCUGCCACUUCCGCUUGAAAGAUGCUUUCUAUCAUGCAUUCAGAUUGUAAGCAUUUCAUUAUGCACAAUUUUGUUAAUGGAGAGGUGUAUAAGUUACACCAUUUCUAGAUGGAUCGAUGUGCCACACUCUUGUCUCCUGACAAUAUUAACCUCAGAUUAAUCGAGAAAUAUAUAAACUUUCUAUGGAGGAACCAAGUUAUUCGUUCUGUGGGGAAGUUUUUAGAUUUUGUUUACAUAACUAAUCAAGGUGCAUCAAAUUUAACUCUGGGUUUCUACAUAAAAAAAUUACAUUGCUUAAAAAACCUGAGGAAAAAGUAUCUUGUUCUUCAGAGGUGCAUGAAUGGAAGUAAUGCUAGUGGGCAGUAUUUAACUGCACAAAGGAAAUAUUUGUUUACAUCUGUAAAUCAGUCACUGAGGCUUUGAAAAUAAAAAACUAAGUCGUAAUCAA